CCCUAGGCCUCGCGGAAGCCAAUCAAUCACGUUACAUCCUCGCUAAGUCAGUCCCUUUGACGCUUCUCCUUUCUCUUCUCCCAAUUCCAAUUCCAAUUCCCAAUCCUCCUUUGUCCCUCCAUUCUCCGCAUCAUCCCAGGUCUAUCCUGCACCGUCUACUGAAGUAUCCCCCGACAACGGAUCGCCGCAAGAAGAGGCACAUCGAGAUCGUGCCUCCCACGCUCGGAGCAUCCUCGCUGGUACGGCGAAGGCCUCCCUAGUGAGAGACUGCAAAAGAGGGAGACCAGAUACCAAGACCCCAGCUUGUCCUCCCGCGCUGAUCCUCUCCUCCCCUUCGCGGCCCCUGUCCUGUCCUCCUGGCGGAUCCUUACCUGAAGACCUCCAACGGGACAUUUCUCUGCUCGACCUUCUAACCUCCUCUCCAUCAUCGGGUGCAAGCCCUGUUGCGGCUUACAACAAUAAUGGCUUCCUCGUACGGACAUACUUAUUCCCCCGAGCAGUUUAUGAAUCCUGGGCCUGCACCUAAACCUCCAACUGAUCGUCCGCGCCUUAAUGUACCGCAAACCGGCGUGUCGGCCUCCUUCAGUCAGAUGACUCUGAGCUCACCCACCACUCCAGGUUCGGCAGGCCUUUCGCUAUUCCCCAAUACCAGUAGCCCGUCCCUAUCACAGGUCAAGUCAACUCAGAAUGGACAAGGCGGUGUCGCCGUCAUCAAGGAGGGUUAUGUUCGCUGCAAGGAAGACAAUAAAUUCCUGGCUGGUUGGAAUCAACGUUAUCUCAUCCUGCGUGAAUUUCGUCUGGAAUUUUUGAAGAAUGAAACCGGCAAGAUUGUCCUCUCCAUCCCCCUAGCUCACGUCACUGGAGUUGCCCGUUCCGAGGAUACCAAAAUGGCCUUUGAAAUAGUUCGCCUGGCCAAUCCCAAGGAUGCAAGCUCAAAGUCCGCUCUGAUCACUCGUGAUGUUCCGACGAAGACCAUCACAUGCGAAGUGAAAACCGAUGAAGAGAUCUAUGACUGGAUUGACAAGAUCUACGAACGCUGUCCUGGUAUGGGAGGGGUCAGUAAUCCCACCAACUUCAGCCAUCGUGUCCACGUUGGAUUCGAUGCGCAUACUGGCGCCUUUGUCGGCCUCCCGCCGGAGUGGGAAAAGCUUUUAACUGCAUCGGCAAUCACCAAGGAAGACUACAAGAAGAAUCCGCAGGCCGUCAUCGAAGUUCUGGAGUUCUACUCUGAGAUCAAGAAUCGCGAGCAGAAUCCCCAACAGUAUAAUGGUCUAUCUUCGCAUCCGCCAAAUGGUCAGGCGAAGCCUCUCGGCAGCAAUGGGGCAGUUGGCAGCUCCAUUGCUCCUCCACGGCCGCCGCCGCCGGGCCCCCUGCAGCGAUUGGACACGGGGUUGUCUCAAAGAUAUAUGACCGAAGGUUCAAGUCACUCAGGUUCUGUGUCACCUGCGCUAUCCCGAGAAAGGUCGUUCGAAUCAGAGCGUGCGCAUGAACAGCAACAACAACUCCAGCGGAUGAAAGAGCUUGCUGACCAAGAACGACGCCGUGUCGAGGAAGAAUCUCGCCGGGCUCGCCAACGCGAAGAGGAACAGGAGCGGUUUGAGCGAGAAGCUUAUAAUGCGUCUCUGCCCAAGACUCGUGUGCCCCUGGCUAAGCAGGAGCUUGGUGGCUACAGUGCACCCGAUGAUUCGAAUCGCUACAAGCCAAGUCGCCCUGCUCCACAGGCUCCUGGCUCUUCUCGACAGCAGCCUCAACUAACCCCACACCGCCCCGCACCCUCUCCUCAGGCAGCAUCAAGUAACGGCCACAAGGCUUCACGUUCUCCUGGACCACGAACGGACGAGCGUGGCGUGUCCCCGAGCGCGAGAGCCCGCGUAAAUGAUCCUCGGUCACCGGCAUCUGCAUCUCGCUCACAGAACAAUGGUGUCAAGGCUCAGCAGGCCCAAGGGCCGCCACCGAGCAGACUUCCAGCUCCGGUGCAGCCUGUGAAACCACUGAAUAUAGCGAACAAGCAGGCUGCAAAUAAACCACCAGGCGUCCGCCAAGCGGAAGCUGCCUUAACGACAAAGAAACCAGAGCCGAGGCAGAAGGAAGUUCGCAUGUCAAGCAUGUCCGAAGGUGAGGUAAUGGACAGACUUAGGGCCGUCGUCUCGAAAGACAAUCCGAAUGAGUCGUACAGCAAGCAACGUAAGAUUGGCCAGGGAGCUUCUGGAUCCGUGUAUGUCGCGCGUGUUAAGGAGAGUGCAACUUCUCCCGUCGCCCGUGAGCUGUACCGACAGUAUGGCCCUCGUUGUCAAGUGGCCAUCAAGCAGAUGGACCUGCGUAGUCAGCCACGCAAGGAGUUGAUUGUCAAUGAAAUUAUUGUCAUGAAGGAUAGCCAACAUGCGAACAUUGUCAACUUCCUCGAUUCAUUUUUGCAAGAGCAAAGCAACGAGCUUUGGGUGAUCAUGGAAUUCAUGGAGGGCGGUGCUCUCACCGAUGUCAUCGACAAUAAUCCCGUUAUCCAGGAAAAUCAAAUCGCGACCAUCUGCGCAGAGACCUGCAAGGGACUGGCUCACCUGCAUAGCCAGAAUAUCAUCCACCGCGAUAUCAAGAGUGACAAUGUUCUCCUCGAUCGUGCUGGCCAUGUUAAGAUCACUGAUUUUGGUUUCUGUGCUAAACUCACUGAGUCCCGGAGCAAGCGUGCCACGAUGGUUGGUACACCGUACUGGAUGGCACCAGAGGUCGUCAAGCAAAAGGAGUAUGGCCCGAAGGUCGACUGCUGGUCACUCGGAAUCAUGGCCAUCGAAAUGAUUGAAUCUGAGCCGCCGUACCUAAACGAAGAGCCACUGAAGGCUCUGUAUCUCAUUGCUACCAACGGCACCCCAAGUCUGAAGAAGCCUGAGAAACUGAGCAAGGAACUUAAAUCCUUCUUGAGCGUCUGCCUCUGCGUUGACAUUCGCAGCCGCGCUACGUCAGAGGAGCUAUUAUCUCAUGAUUUCCUCAAGAUGGGCUGCAGCUUAGCGAGCCUGGCUGAGUUGUUGCGCUGGAAGAAGAACACUCAAUGAUCCUCCGAACACGAAGACUACUCCGAAUUGUUAUUUUCUUAAGACUGGGAAGUUUGCCCCAUAUCAGAUUCCAAAACCCCGUUUCCAACUUACUUUCUUCUCGACCCCGCCUUUGACUGCGAAAUAGAAUCUUGUUUCUUCCCCGUGCACAUAUGGGCCAUUACUAUGCAGCUAAGAUUUCUUGCUUGGUUUUUUUUAUCAUGUUAACCUGCUUUGCAAGCAGUUUUUAUGAUGUCCAUGGAGACUACGGAGCUUGUCUUUACCAUACGGUCAUAUUUUCCCUGUCCCUCGCCAGCCCUCCCUGCCCUUUUUUCCUCUUGGUAUUUGGCGUGGAUGCUAGGCGUUUCGGCUUGUCUUGUUACAUUUGUGGCUUCUGACGACCUGAGUGGGUUCUAUGCCUCGUGCGUCGUUUCUUCUGCGAAGAGGCUCGCUCCCACUCCCUUGUAACGUUGAUGAUAGCGUAUGUUUCUUCUUACCUUCAUUUACACCCCCAAGAUGACAAGAUAAUAUUCUGGUUGGAAAUUCAUCCUUCGCGUCUUGCUUCGAGUUGAACAUGCUUACCACUCUUGACUUCGCAUACGUUUGUCUCCGACGAGUGUACCUAUGAUGCAAACGUUUUGAUUAUAGCGAGCAGUGAUCUUAAUAGAAA